GACUUAUAAAGCCGCGGAUGCGGUGGCACCUCCGCAAUGCGAGCACCUCUUGAGUGCUGCCGCCGCUCCUGCCGCCGCCGCCGCUGCUAUUGCCGCCGCUGUCGCCGCUUCUCUUGGUGCUGUUGCCGCUGUCGGGGAUCCGGCUGUCCGGGGAGCCGCUGCUCUCGGUCCUCGGACGGGAACCUGCACGGAAGGUCGCCGCUCCCUCCUCUAGUUCGGACCGAACCCUGUCACCGAGCCAGCUGCACCCCCUCACCCAAGCUGUCCCAUAGACUGAGCCGCCGCCCCGAGAGGCCAAUGAGAGCUCAGCCGCCGCCGCCCCAACGGACGACGUCGCUUCUAUUCCUGUAUCUCCUGGUUCUGAGCGCAGUGUGCCAUCAUGUUGCUGCAUCGGACGCCAAAGAUACUUCUUAUCCUGAGAAAAAUGAUUUGUUUUCUGGGGACCAUAACCCAGAUGGACUUGAGUUAUUUACAGUGAGUGAAAUAUCCUCAACAAGUGAAAUAUCCUCAGGGACUGAAUAUGACUACUAUGAAGAGUAUGAGGAAGAAGACCCACAGUUGUCAGGAUAUGUCUUAGAUGACUCAAUCAGAGUUGGACGUUUGGUUAAACCCAAGAAAAAUAGAACAGAAAGUGAAAAAAACUCUAGCAAGACUGGAAGGAAAAAAUUUAAAAACAGAAAAAGGAAACAAAAAAAGAUUAAUCCAUGUGAUGGAGAAUACAAAAAUUAUUGUAUUCAUGGUGAAUGCAAAUACAUAGAAAGCCUAGAAGCAGUGACUUGCAACUGUCAUCAGGAUUUCUUUGGUGAACGAUGUGGGGAACAAUCAAUGAAGACCCACAGUUUAGGGGAUGGAGGUAGUUCCAUCACUGCACUGGCCAUUGUAGCUGCCAUCCUUUCCGUCCUUUGCUUUUCAGCAAUUGUCCUCAUUACCAAACAGAUUUGGAAAGCACAUUACAGCAUUCGUGACCAAGAAACUGAAGAAAGAAAACACCUCAAGAGAGAAAAUAAAAAUGGGAUCAUUAGUGUGUAGCUGAACGUAGCUUACAGGCUAUUCAGCUAACUGCCACAUCAGACUGCCAUAUCACAGCCACAAAUACAAAAACUCUUUUUCUUGCGUGUCAUCUUGCUUAUUAAAAUCUGAUGUUGUUGUUUUUUUAAUUUUCAAAUGUCAAUUUUUAUGCUGAAAGAUUUGGUAUUUCUGUACAUACAAAAACAUGGGAAAACAAAAUAUGUUUCCAUUUGUAAAUAGUUUAU